AUGGCAGCCGCCGCGCGCGUGUACGGCGCCGCGUUCGAGGUGAUGCAGCGCAAGUUCGGUACGGUCAGGAUGUACCUGAGGGAGCACCGCAACAGCGACCAUGACAGCGAGCGGUGCAUGGGCUGGCUGAUACAGGAGUACUCGUCCCUGCCGCACACGAUGGGCGCGCCGAAGCACUCCGAGAGCGUCUCCCAGGCCAACUCCCAGCACAACCGGUACAGCAACGUCCUGGCGUACGACUACAACCGCGUCAAGCUCCGCCCCCCGGCUAGAGAAUACAUCAACGCCAACCACAUCACGUCGGACGCCAGCGACGGCAUCGGCCCCCCGUUCCACUACGUCGCGUGCCAGGGCCCCAUCCCGUCGACCGUGUCAGACAUGCUGCACAUGGUGGUCCAGCUAAAGUCCCCCAUCGUCAUCAUGCUGGCUCGGAACCGCGAGGGCGGCCGGGAGAAGUGCGCGCAGUACCUCCCGGAGCGCGGGGCGCGCUUUGGGGUGAUUGCGGGGUUCCGCGUCGACGUGGGCAGCGAAUACACCCCCCUCAAAGGCAUGUACGUCAGGGACCUCGAAAUCACCCCCCCGGGCGGGGCCGAGCCGCACCGCACGCGGCACAUCGCCUUCGACGCGUGGCCGGACUUCGGCGUCCCGGCGGACUCGUCCGUCCUGCGCGCGAUACAGGAGGAGGUCCGCAAAGCUGUUCCACUCCCCCGGGGGGGUCAGAAGCCCGGGCCGCCCGCCGUGGUGCACUGCUCGGCGGGCAUCGGUCGCUCGGGGUCCUUCCUCGCAGUCGACAUCGCGCUGCGGCGGCUCGACUUCUUGGCGCGCGAGGGCGGCGACGUGGACGUGCGGCGCAUCGAGGCAGCCCUCGACGUGCGCGAGACGGUGACGAUGCUGCGCGGCAUGCGGUGCGGGUGCGUGCAGGGGCUCGAACAGUACUGCUUCAUCUACAACAGCGUGUUGGAGGGCGUGAUGGAGCGGGCGGGCGUGAAAGGGAUGUGA